AUGGCACCUUCCGUCAUUCUGAGGCUUAUUGAGGUGAUCAACGAGAGGGAAAAAGAGCACAAGGUCACCGGUAUAAUAGUGGAUGCAAUGACAUGUUUUGGGUUGAAUGAGGUAGCCAAUUUGUAUCAGAUUCCUAUCUUUUCUUUCCACGCAUCGCUUGUCGCCAACUGUGCCCUCCGCUACUUCAUUCCGAGGCUCAUCUCUCUUGGGAUCCUUGGUCCCAAUGGAGCUCCCAAAGAAGAUCAGAAGAAAAUAAGGUAUAUUCCCUCCAUGCCGCCUCUGCGUUCUGGAGACCUUCCAUGGUUGUUCGGUGGAGUGAAGAUGUUUAAGAGAUGCAUCCGGAUGGGAGAAGGUUUAAAGCAGAUCAAGAGGGUCCUCACUAAUUCCUUUUACGAGCUUGACGGUUUAGUGGUGGAAGAGUUAUCUAAAGAUUUGGAAGUUUACCCAAUCGGUCCUAUGAUUCCUGACGAAUUUCUGGAGGGCGCUAAGAGGAGUACAAGUAAGGCCCUCCCAAGCUUCUGGGCAGAUGAUGUGGAUUGUCUAGAGUGGUUAGACAAACAGCAUACCCAAUCUGUGAUCUACGUAUCCUUUGGUAGCCUCGCAGUAUGGAGCCAAAGCCAAGUGGAGGAGUUCGCAGCGUGGUUAGAGGCUACCCAGAGACAAUUUCUGUGGGUUGUGCGGUCAGAUCUAAUUGAGGGCAGCAAGACUAUUUUUCCCCCAGGAUUUUUAGAACGCGUGUGGAACAGGAGCCGCAUAGUUUUCUUGGCGCCACAGUUAGAGGAGAGCAUCACCAUGGGCGUGCCCAUGCUCUGCUCACCUUAUUUUGUAGAUCAGUUUUUUAACCGCACAUAUAUUGUGGAUGUCUGGAAAAUUGGGCUGCCUUUGGAAUCGAAUAAGGAUGGAAUAAUAGAGAAGGGGGAGAUUGCUAAAGCCGUUGACAGAUUGCUUGUGGGAGAAGAUGGCGCAGAGAUAAGGAAGCAAGUCACCAAACUAAUGAGAACCAGUAGAGACACGGUGAAGGAAGGAGGAUCCUCUUUCAACAACUACAGUAUAUUUCUUCAGCAGAUGAAGAAAAAACUUGUUGACUGA